UUCCUGGCGCUCGGUGCUGCUGCGCGUGGAUGCCCAGUACUGCACGGUGCUGGCCGCGCCGGGGCAUGAUAUGGGCGCCUUCCCAGAGCCGCCCGAGGUCUUCGCCCUCGCAGAGCAGCACGCCUUCGACGAGUACAGCACUUCCAAGGAGCAGCACGCUUUCGAGGAGCAGCUCCAGGCCUUCGAGGAGCCGCGCGCCUCAGAGGAGCAGCGGCACGCCUUCGAGGAGCAGCAUGGCGUCAAAGAGCAGCACGCCUUCGAGGGCACCCUCGAGGAGCAGCACGCCUUCAAGGAGGAGAGGCGGCAAACCUUCGAGGAGCAGCACACUCUCGAUGAGCCGCAGAAGGCUUUCGAGGAGCAGCGUGCCUUCGAGGAACAGUACGCCGCCGAGAAGAAGCAGGCAGCUUCCGAGGAACAGCAGGCCUUCGAGGCCCCUGAGGAGCAGAAGCACAACUUCGAGAGGGAGCAUCGCGCCUUCGUGGAGCAACGCGCCUUCGAGGAGCAGCAGCACACCCUCGCCGAGAAACGCACCGCCUUCGAGAAACACAGCGCCUCCGAGAUCUA